GCCAUGUUCUGGAGGAGGAGGAGAUACGUGUAGCCUGGCUUUAGCAGCUUUAGCAUUAGCAACAUAUAGCUAGGCGGAGGCGCAACAAGCUCCUCGGACGCCGAAAUAAAAAGUACUCCAACCUAAUUUUUUUACACUAGGAAUUGGCGUAAACACUAUACAGGCGUGUAACCCAGGAUUUAAGUGGAACGUAACGUGACUCAAAAGGAAAUGGCAAUGGCGUGGUCACGUGUUCAACCAGCACUGUGGGUGUGGAGUUGUUUUUAACAGAUGAUCUGGAGGACACAGCAACAUCACACUUCCCUGGAGAAAAGUCUUAAACAAACGCAGAUAAUAGUUUCACUAAAUCGCUAGAAUAUUUACAGACUCCACUACACUGCUGCGAUCGUGGACACAAACACGUCCUGCAAACAUUAGAGUCAGCCUAUAAUCUGCUACACAGACAAUUUGUAGUGUUUUAUCUACUCUCCUGCGUGAGAGUGUAUAUUUUUUUUUCUCUUUUUGUUUCUCCCAACUUCACCGCCACAAUGCCAAGCUCCACCAUUCGCCGGCAGAUGAAGAACAUGGUAAACAACUACUCCGACGCGGAGAAGAAAGUGAGAGAGGCCACCUCAAAUGACCCCUGGGGCCCGUCCUCUUCCCUGAUGUCGGAGAUAGCGGACCUUACCUACAACGUGGUGGCCUUCAGUGAGAUCAUGAGCAUGAUCUGGAAGAGGCUCAAUGACCACGGCAAGAACUGGCGACACGUCUACAAGGCCCUCACACUGCUGGACUACCUGAUCAAGACGGGCUCAGAGCGAGUGGCGCUGCAGUGCAAAGAGAACAUUUUCGCCAUCCAGACCCUAAAGGACUUCCAGUACAUAGACAGAGACGGCAAGGACCAGGGCAUCAACGUCAGGGAGAAAAGCAAGCAGCUCGUAGUCCUUCUCAAAGACGAGGACCGCCUUAAAGGAGAAAGGUCUCAGGCUCUGAAGACCAAAGAGCGCAUGGCCCAGGUGACCACAGGAAGUAAUCAGAUGGGUUUUGGACGUGGUUCAUCUCAGCCCAACUUGUCCACUUCAUACAGUGAAGAGUAUGGCAGGUCGGAGGGGUCACCUGCCUCCUAUCAUGGCUCCACAUCCCCCAACGCAGGCUCAGAGCUGGAACAGGCCAGACCUCAGACCAGUGGCGAAGAGGAGCUGCAGCUGCAACUGGCUUUGGCCAUGAGCCGGGAGGCUGCAGAGCAGGAGGAGCGCAUACGUCGAGGAGAUGACCUGAGACUGCAGAUGGCCUUAGAAGAGAGCAAGAAAGAAGGUCCAGGCUCAGCCAAACUUCCCAAGAAGAAAAAAGAGCCUCAGUCGUCUCUGAUGGAUCUGAUGGAUGUCCCCGAGCCUGGAGCCAGUGCUGAUCCCUGGGGAGCCGGGGCUGGAGCCGGCGCUGCUGCUGCAUCAGCGGACCCUUGGCAGUCCUAUGGUUCUGCCCCCAAGCCUGCAGUCCCAGUGGACCCCUGGGGCUCUGCAGCCUCUGUCCCACCCAUGAAAGGCAGCGACCCAUGGCCUGCAAACUCAGCUCCUGCUUCUGACCCCUGGGGCUCUUCAGCUGCCCGACCCAAGACCUCCCACACAGGUGGCUUUGACCUGUUCAAUGCUUCCAACGGUACGUCCAAAGAGGACUUCUCUGAUUUUGACAGCCUGCGCUCCACCUCUGUCCCCACUGGCGAUGGUGGCAUCACGUCUUCCAUCCCCUCUCAGGCCAGCCUGGCCAGCAGUGGUAGCCUGGACCUCUUCGACCCACUGCCAACUUCCACUUCCAUCACUACGAACCCAACGAGAAAGACUCCUGAGUCCUUCCUGGGGCCCAACGCUGCUCUGGUCAAUCUGGACUCAUUGGUGACCAAACCAGCUCAGCCAGCACCGGUUGUCAACCCCUUCUUAGCAUCAGCAGGUGCUUCUGCUUCUGCUCCAGCUGCAGCCAACCCUUUCCAAGUGAGCCAACCAGCUCCCCCGACCCUGAACCAAAUGCGGGUCAGUCCCAUGCCCUCGGGCUUCGCCGCCAUGCCCGAGCCCAUGUCCAUGUCCUCUCUGCCCACUCAACCUGUCACUUUGGUACCCAUGCCAGGAAUGGCUCCCAUGGGUCGCGUGAUGCCCGGAAUGGGAGUUGGUGCCGUAGGUGGCGUGGGCAUAAGUGCGGGGAUUCCGUCCUCCAUGUCAAUGCCUCAACCAUUGAUGAGCAUGCCCACGCAGGCAGGGGCGCAACCCGCGGGAACCACCAACCCCUUCCUUUUGUGAGAGAGUGACAAAGGAGGAGGGGGGCAUCUCGCCCCACAGUUAACCCCCCUCUCAUCUCCGCUUCUCCUCUGGCUCAGAAAGAGGCUUCCUGACAAACGAUAUCUUUAUCCCAUUUAUCCCUUUUAUAACCUACUCUCCCAGAUCAUAGCCGCCAACCUUAGUUAACCACACUCCUCAGUCACCUCUUCCUUUACUUCUUUUCGCUCUCCGCUGCCUAGUUCUGUAUAUUACAUGUCAACGACGUUGGUGACAACAAAGAGUUUGCAUCUGUCUACAGACUUAAAGAAUAGCUGUGGUGUUUACAAUAACCCCUCCCCACACACACACACACACAGACACACACACAGACACACACACAUUAAGGCCCAACGACAACACCCACCCUCUCGUCCUUCUCCAGCUUCUGUCGACGUUUUUCCCCUUUGGACUCUUCCUUCCACCUCUGUGGUGUAGUGAUGGGAGAGCACGACUGUACUAAUGCCAGGAUCUUAUCUCUUCACUGAAGCUAAUCUUUUAUAAGCCCUGUCAGCUGGUGUGUGUGUGUUUUAGUGUGUGAGACAAAGCGAGUGUGUGUGCACAUGUCUGUCUUAGUACUUUUACACUGUGUUUAUUCCAGUGUUUUUUACUUGCACUGGAGUAAGGAUGAGACGGUCAUGUUUGUGUCUGUGUGUCUGUUACAACGCAGGGAUUUUGCACAAUUUUUCUG